AUGGCCCUCAACGCCCACCGGCCAGCCUCUCGGCUUGCCAGCCGCGCUCUACGGAGCUGCACCGCACAGUCCAGCACCGCCCACGCCCCGAUAUGCCGCCCCUUGAUCACCGUCUCGACCUCCCCGUUCUCGACCUCGACGCCACGGGGGCACGCUGCCGCCGCCGAACAGGACGCCCACGUCCCCCGCUGGGCGCGCACCCCGGAGCGCAUGAAGGCUACCUUCUCGCCGAGAUCCACCAAGAACCCCGCCAACUCGGUCUGGCACGUCAACGCAGACCCGGCCAAGCUGGACGACGCCCUCAACAACCUGCUGGGCAAAGGCGGCGAGCGCCUGCUUCCCGACGAGCUCAAGUGGCUGGCCGUCACCCACAAGUCCUUCGACCAGGGCCGCCGCGGUUUCAACGACCGCCUGGCCUUCCUCGGCCGCCGCAUCGCCGUAGUCGAGGCCAUGCAGGCCAUCCUCUCCGACCCGGCCAUCGCCGUCGAGAGCAGUGAACAGAUCGAGCCCGACGCGUUUGCGGGCAGGAGGACCCCUUUCGAGGACAAGGCGCUGGAGGCGGCCGACAGGUUGAGCGUGCUGCAACCAGACGCCGUUUUUGACCUGACGAAGAUGCAGAAGCUUGCCAUGGACACGGGCAUCAGCGAGGUCGUGAGGUGGAAGCCGAGGAAGGUGGAGAGUCUUGCAGCCUCGGGGAUUGCCCCUGUAAUGGCAGGGGCUUUGUACGCUAUCGUGGGAGCUGUCGCAAUGCAACACGGAGGAAAAGUCGCCAGUAGAGUCGUCAGGGAGCGGAUACUGCGAAAGAUCAAGGCAUAA